CACAAGGAUCUGUACAAGGACGUCAUGAUGGAGAACCACCAGCCUCUCCUAUCACUGGAUGACCCCAGUAAGAAAAACAUACCAGUAAGAUGUGCCAGUCCUCUCCAUUCACAGGAUUAUCCAGCAGAAAAUCCUUAUGUCUCACUGGAUCAUCCGAGUCAAGACCGGAUUAAUAUUAAAGCUGAACUCCCAAAAGAAGAGGAGAUGUAUACGAGGGGACGCCAAGAGUGUAAGCAGGAAGAAAUGCGUGCAGAUGAUUGUCAUGAACUAUCAGAAGGAUAUCUCUUAUUUCCAUAUUAUGAAGCAGAACCUAAAUAUAUCCCUCACCAACCUUUUCCUGAAAACUCCAUUGCUCCAGAUAUAACCUUGAUCCUUCACAGCGGGGAGCUGUCAUCUGAUUCAACUAACCACAAGGAACCUUCAUCUGAUCAAUCUCAGAUUUCUAAGCCGAAUGCAAGUCAUAGAGGGGGUAAAAUAUUUACAUGUUCUGAAUGUGGGAGACAUUAUAAAACUAUCUCUAAUCUUUCCGUGCACAUGAGAAUGCACAGAAAUGAAAGACCAUUUGCAUGUUCAGAAUGUGGGAAAUGUUUUACCAAGAAAUCAAUUCUUGUUGAUCAUCACAAAGUUCACACAGGUGAGAAGCCGUUUUCAUGUUCAGAAUGUGAAAAAUGUUUUACCAAGAAAUCAGCUGUUGUUGAACACCAGAGAAGUCACACCGGAGAAAGGCCAUUUUCAUGUUUGGAAUGUGGGAAAUGUUUUUCUAGGAAAUCUAUUCUGGUUGAACAUCAACGAAUUCAUACAGGGAAGAAGCCGUUUUCAUGUCCAGAAUGUAAGAAAUGUUUUAUGGCCAAACAUCAUCUUGAGAGACAUCAAAUAACUCACACAGGAGAGAAGCCAUUUUCAUGUUCAGCAUGUGGGAGAUCGUUCACUAGGAAAUGGCUCCUUGAGAGACAUAUCAGAACUCACAUAGAGUAGAAUCAAUAUUUAAAAUUGAGAAACAGUUUUUGAUCAGAAAUGAGAUUUUGCUGAACAACAUAGACCUCACACAGUGAGGAAGUCAUAAAGUUCAGACUGUAAAAACUGUUUAGCUCACAUGGAGGGGCAGUUAUUACAUGUUCGCCAGGGGUAUUUUACACAGAAAUGUGUAACUUUUUUCCAUUUUACAUUGCUCUAGACACUUAAAAAAAAAAGGGUGGGACACAGCCUGGUUUAUGCCAUAAAUUCUCAGCUAUGAACUGGCAUAGGUUUGAUUUCUAGCAUACAGACUGCUAAAAGAUGUGUCAAAUUUAUUAAGAAGACUGCUCCUCUUAAUGUGGUUCUCCAGGAAAGAUAAAAAUGAAAAUACUGAAAAAAACAUCUUAUUAUAAAUAAACUCCUGAA